AUGAUUUUAGUUUAAUAGGUGAGAGGAUUUAAGGAUUAUUCAUUAAAAUAAAUAGUUUUCAUUAAUAUAACAAAUAAUAUAUCAGGCAAAAGAAUUUUAAAUGUUUUUUUGAAAAUUUACAAGGAGGAACUAAUUGAAGAAAUUAAAAUCUAAAAAUUUUGGUCAGUUAUUAGCAUUUCAAGCAAUGUACAAUAUCUAUUUUAUAAAUUAGAAUUGGAAAAGUAUACUAAUAAAAUUUUUUUUUCUUUAAUGGAAUCUAUAUUUAAUGUAAGCAAAACAGAAAGUAUUAUAAAAAAAGAAGUAAGUAAUAGCAAAUUUUAUAAUUAGCUGA